AUGCGUUUUUCAGGCGAUGCUAUCAGAGUGACGUAUAAUGUAGUGGACGGGACGCCUCUUCAACAACAUCUAGUCAGCCACCUCCGUAGCUUCCUAGCGGAAACAUUCAAGCUGUUCAGACUGCUUCGGUGUAUAUUUGCCUCUCAAGCUACUGCCCUCCUGCUAAAAAAAGAGGUCUGCUGGAAGGAGAAAGAAGGUAUUUGGCUGAACGUUGUCGUGAAAGAGGAGGAUGAAGAGGAGGAUGUCACAGUAAACGAAGAAGUAGAGGGCGAGGCUGUUACAGAGAAAGAAGAGGAAGAAAACGAUUAUACUUUUUCUGGUGUGAAUGAAGGAGAGAUAACUGUCAUAUUGAAGGAGGAGGAGAGGGAAGAAGAAGAGGAGGAGACAGAAGAUCUGAGUAACACCAGAGAGAGACCAGACUCUCCUUCUGACAGCAGGAAGAGUCCUUCAGGGAAACCAGACCCCGAGACGUCCAAACCAGCAGGACGACAUCACUGCUCCCAGUGUGGAAAGAGUUUUACUCAGUUAGGGAGCCUGAGAACACAUAAGAGAAUACACACUGGAGAGAAGCCUUACCACUGUUCCCAAUGUGGAAUGACGUUUACCCAGUUAGGGAGCCUGCAAACGCAUGAGAGGGGACACACAGGGGAAAAGCUUUUCCAAUGUUCCCAUUGUGGAAAGAGUUUUGGCCAGGUAGGAAACCUGAACAAACAUGAGAGGACACACACAGGUAAGAAGAUGUACCGCUGCUCCCAGUGUGGAGAGAGAUUUACCCGGUUAAGGUACCUGAAAGAGCAUGAAAGAAUACAUACAAAUACACAGGAGGAGAAGACAUACCACUGCUCUCAUUGUGGAAAGACCUUUUCCCAGUCAGAGAACCUGAAAACACACGAGAGAAUCGAGAGGCUGUGUUCUGACUUGUGUUUUUGACUGAGAAUGUGUGUUUUUGUUUGGGCUGUCAGACUUCACUUUGUGUAAUGUUAGUGCACUAUUUUUUGUGAAUUUAUUGUAAUGUUUUUAAAAUUGUAUAACUGCCUUUAUUUUUGCUGGACCCCAGGAAGAGGAGCUGCUGCCUUGGGAGGAACUAAAUGGGAUCUAUACUAAAUACAAAUACUUUUAUUAAUAUAUUUGUCUCUCUUUACUCUCGGGUUUGAAAAUGCUAAUUAGCAUCAAAGUAGACGACAUGCAAGACUACAAAUCCCUGCAAGCUCCUGCAAGUCGUCUCUAGCCGACACCUUUCACAGAACAUUUCACAGAAUUGUCCAUUGAAAUAAAUGUUGACAAUUUAAUCAUUGCUACAUUAAGGCCUGAUUGGUGUGCUGCAGAGAUGGUUGUCCUUCUGGAAGGUUCUCCCGUCUCCACAGAGGAAAUCUGGAGCUCUGUCAGAGUGAACAUCGGGUUCUUGUUCACCUCCCUGACUAUGGCCCUUCUCCCCCGAUUUAUCAGUUUGGCCGGGCGGCCAGCUCUAGAAAGAGUAUUGGUGGUUCCAAACUUCUUCCAUUUAAGAAUGAUGGCGGCCAUUGUGUUCUUGGGGACCGUCAAUGCUGCAGACAUUUUUUGGUACCUUUCCCCAGAUCUGUACCUCGACACAAUCCUGUCUCAGAGCUCUACGGACAAUUCCUUUGACCUCAUGGCUUGGUUUUUGCUCUGACAUGCACUGUAAACUGUGGGACCUUAUAUAGACAGGUGUGUGCCUUUCCAAAUCAUGUCUAAUCAAUUGAAUUUACCACAGGUGGACUCCAAUCAAGUUGUAGAAACAUCUCAAGGAUGAUCAAUGGCAUCAGGAUGCAUCUGAGCUCAAUUUCGAGUCUCAAAGCAAAGGGUCUGAAUACUUAAGUAAAUACAUUUGCAAAAAUGUCUAAAAACCUGUUUUUGGUUUGUCAUUAUGGGGUAUUGUGAUGUCAUUAUGGGGUAUUGUGUGUAGAUUGAUGAGGGG